AUGCAUCAAACCCCUCCCUGCCCCUCAUCCCUCCCUGCCCCUCACCCCUCCCUGCUCCUCACCCCUCACUACCCCUCAGACCCUCCCUGCCUCUCAGCACCUCCUUGCCCAUCACCCCUCCCUGCCCCUCAGACCCUCCCUGCCCCUCAGACCCUCCCUGCCCCUCAGUCUCUCCCUGCCCUCCACCCCUCCCUGCCCCUCGCCCCUCCCUGCCCUUCACCCCUUCCUGCCCUCACCCCUCCCUACCCCUUGCCCCUCCCUGCCCCUCGCCCCUCCCUGCCCCUCACCCCGGAACUGGGUCAGGAUGACCCACACAGGAUCAUAAAGGCACAUGGUCAUUUGGACAAAGACUCCCUCGUUUGUCUGAGUGCAGGCAGAGUUUGUAUCACACACCCGGUCCACAUACCAGCGGCAGGUCAAUAG